AUGCAGACUGCUUCUACAAACAUUUAUGAAAGACUGUGCAAUAAGUCCAUCCGUGAAAUUUCCUUGCUACUAAAUAUUCCACGGCCAACUGUUAGUGGUAUUAGAACAAAGUGGAAGCAACUGGGAACAACAGCAACUCAGCCAUGAAGUGGUAGGCCAUGUAAAAUGAAAGAACGGGGUCAGUGCACGCUGAAGCACACAGUACGCAGAAGUCAUCAACUGUCUGCAAUGUCAAUAGCCAAAGACCUCCACACUUUGUGUGGCCUUCAGAUUAGAACAACAACAGUGCGUAGAGAGCUUCAUGGAAUGAGUUUCCAUGGCCGAGCAGCUGCACCCAAGUCUUGCACUACGAAGUGCAAUACAAAGCGUUAGAUGCAGUGGUGUAAAGCACGCCACCACUGGAUUCUAG